UAUCUAUAGAAAAAUAGAUGACAUUACUGUAAAAUUAGAUAUUUCAACUUAUAAAGGAUUGCAAAAUAAUGAAGUAAUCUCAAAGGCAACGAAUUAUGAAAUAUUUUUCUUUUAAGUAAAAGGGAGGCAUGUGUCAUAACCUACCCUGGCUACGCCCAUGGCCUUUAGGUAGUUACCAUUGUGUAUGUUUCAUGCUUAAUUGAAAAUAAAAAAGGAGUGACACGCCAGAGCGCCUUGAAUCACUUGUAUUUGUGUAAAGCUUGUAUUCACAAAAAGAAGCCACGGUCAUGCCCAUAUUUUGCGUUGUGUGUAAGUUUUAAGUCUAAUAUUAUGGAGCUCAAGAAUCCAAAUAUAAUGAAAUGAUUUGAAAAAAAAAGAGAAAAACGAAACUAAAGAAAUAUUGCUAAUACACAGGUUUGUAUUUUGUUUAUUUAGCGCUUGAAGUGUAUUAGUUUUAGUUACUGUAUAAUAAUAAAUAUUCUAAAAAAAGAUGUGGUUUGAUUGUCACUAAUCGAUUUAGAAGAAACGAUUGUCUAUGAGUGUUAACAUGUUUUCAUUCAUUUAAUCACAUCACUUGGUUGGAAUUCACCUGUCAAGCCUGUAGCUGUCAUGCGUGUCUUGUCCGUCUGUCAUAGUGUCAUCUUAUUUCGAUUUGAUAAAUUUAUUUGUUGUGGUGUGGAGGAGGGAUGAAUGAGUGAGGAAGGCUCGACGCAAUUAAUUAUGUAGAUUAUCAAACAUUGCCGUCCAUUGUUCACUUAAGAGUUCACAGGGGAGAAGUAAAAAGUUCACUGGGGAUUCUCACGGAAUACGAAGAAAGUCUACGUGAAAGGUUCGUGCAGUGUAGUGUUAUGAAUGGUGGAGUGUCGAGGCUGGUGCCAUCACCAUGCCACUUGUGUCGUGCUAACUCACAAUAAACUGGUAUUACGUUACGCUAACGUAACUCCGUGUUUACUCAGAGUGCUCUAGUUAGUUGACAUUAUUUGGAAAGUGUAGAAGAUACUUUCUAUCGUCGCGCACCAGCGAUGUCGGGGUUCCAGGCGAGCGACACAAUGCCCAAGUUCGGACACGUGACGGAUCUGCGCGAGCAGUGGCUCGUGCGCGCCGACGGAGCGCUCGCGCACCGCCUGCAGGACCGCGAGAUCUCAUCGCACCUCUGCGAGAACAGGUACCGCAAUCAGCAGAUCCGUGAAGACUUCCCCAUAGCGUUGAACGAACAGCGCGACAUCGAGCAUGAGGUCCAUCUGCGGGACCUGACUCGCCGUCGGCAAGCAGAAAUCGACGCAGAGAUCGCUAGAGAAAUGGCUGAGAUCAAUCUGCGCAGGCAACGUCGCCAGCGUACCAGUGACAUGUUACAGCAGCCGAGCUCAUCUCGCGCAGCACCGCCAGCUCCUCUGCCUGCCAGUACUGGCCCUGCUGAAGACCUCAACCCUGAAGAACUGGGCCUUUCACCAGCAGAGCUAGAGGAAAUGAGGAAACGAUUAGAACAAGAAGAGAUUGAUGCUAGAAUAGCUAGAGAACUGAGUCAUGAAGACAAUAACCAGGAUGCUCUGCUAGCCGACAUGAGGUGUGCUGUGGAGGCACAAGAUGGUGAACUGGCACGGUUGCUGCAAGAAAGAGAAUAUAAGAAACUUCAAAGGGCAAAAGAAAAAGCAAGACAGAAAGCUUUACUUAAAAAACAGCAGAGAAUGGCAGCACAACAGCAGCAGCUAGAGAGAGAACCCUCCUCCACUCCACAAGCCACUCUCUGUGAUGCAUAUAGUAACCCACGGGACAUGAUCCGUGAAAACCGACUCAGAUUGUGUAAAUCUGUAGACUCUGAUUUGAACUAUGUCGAACCAUUCGAAAAAGAAUCUAUCCAAUCAAAAGCAAGUGCAUUGCAGUCUUUAGAGCUGUCCAAUCAGUAUUACGGCCAGCAGUCUGAGGCUGGAACUUCAGGCAGUAACACAUCCCAUGUCCACUCCAGAUCAUUUGAUGACAAGCAAAUACCAAGCAACCACUCUUCAAUCCAGCACAGACAACCUCCUCCACCCCCAGUAGUGAGCAAGAAACCUCGUUUUCCAGACCCAGUGAGUAUCAGACCAGCAUCACACUAUCCCACUGACCACAUGGUGCCUGAGAGUGUACCUCCAGCCAACUUACCCCACAGUUACAGUGAGAACAACAAUUUGUACAGUGCCACGUACCCUCCAGAUGCAAGUCCCCCACUCAUAGGGCAGGAGCGCCACGACACAAGCAAGAGACUGUCUGUUAUAUCUGACAUUACUGCUGAAGGUUUAGCCAAGAAAAAGAGUAAGCAAGCUGAUAUGAAUAAGAAACGGAAGGGAUGCAAAAUACAGUGAAAUUUCACGGUAACAUACUGUGUGUAACUAUUGUCUCAAAGAAUAAUUUGUCAGUAUAAUAGUAAAGCUAGGUUAGGUUUGUGUUGAUCGAUAAGUGAUCUGGUUUAUUAUGUCCCUCUGUGUUCAAAUUAAAUUGGAUUAAACAAUCCUCCUUAAUGUGGUUUUAUACAGAUUCUGAAUUUAUUACAUUUGAAGACCGACACUGAGUUUUAAGAUAUUAUAUUGAACAUUUAAUAACUUAUAUUAU